UGUUCCGUGAUAAGAUUUCAUAGAUUGUUUUACAAAUCUCAAGGUGGAAUUUCAUGGAUGUAUGUAUACAAGCUAUAACUUGUCAUCAUUCUGCAGAAAGUAAAGCUUCAGCAAAAUGAGUUUAUCAUCUUCAACUGAUUUUCACCAUCACUAUGCACCUACUUAUUCGCCGUUUCUCAACCAAAUGCCUUAUUUUCCACGACCCUUCUGCGCAACAAUCUUACAUGGAACUUUCCCAGAAAUUCUACGAAGCCAUGAAAGCUUGUUCAUCUCUCAGGUCCAUUCCCAUGGCUCGAAAACUCCAUGCCCAACUCAUCUCCAUAGGUUUGGACUCUUCCGUUUUCCUUCAAAACAAUCUCUUGCACAUGUACUCUAGUUGCAGCUUGAUAGACGAUGCCUAUAGAGUCUUCAGCAGUAUCGAGAAUCGCAAUGUUUUUAGCUGGAAUACAAUUAUCAAUGGCUUGGUCGAUUCGGGUCAGAUUAGGAAAGCAGCGAUUCUGUUCGACGAAAUGCCUGAGAGAGACUCUGUCUCUUGGUCUACGAUGAUGUCCGGUUAUUUUCAUAAUGGGCAACCGGAGGAAACUAUAAGACUCUUUGCUUCAAUGAUUCGAUGUUGUGAUUAUUAUGUUUCUAAUCCAUUUUGUUUCACUUGUGUCAUGAAGGCUUGUGGUGGUCUUGGCCUGAUUAAAUUGGCUCGUCAACUGCACUGUCUCGCGGAGAAGUUAGAUCUUGGAAGCAACAUGGCUGUUCAAAGUUCGGUUAUUGAUAUGUAUAUGAAAUGCAAUGCAGUUGUUUCUGCUGAGAAAAUGUUCCUAAGGAUGCAAAAUCCUAGUUUGUUUUGUUGGAACAGUAUGAUCUAUGGUUACUCUAAGCUUUACGGGGUUAGAAAGGCUUUUGAUACGUUCACCCAAAUGCCUGAGCGUGACCAUGUUUCUUGGGUUACAAUGAUUUCAAUCUUCUCUCAACAUGGUUUAGGAGUUCAGAGUCUUAGUACAUUUGUUGAGAUGUGGAACAAAGGUUUUAGACCGAAUUCCAUGACAUGUGCUUGCAUACUUAGUGCUUGUGCCAGCAUCAAUGAACUGGGUUGGGGCAGCCAUCUGCAUGCUCGGAUUGUCCGAAUGGAACAAACUCUUGAUUCUUUCUUGGGAAAUGGUUUGAUUGAUAUGUAUGUUAAAUGUGGACACUUGAGCUUUGCACGCAUGGUGUUCAAAUGCUUGAGAGAGCAGAACGUUAACUUAGAGGAGUUUACUUUGGCAACAGUUCUUGGGGUUUGUUUAGGACAAAAUUAUGUUUCGACGGGGGAACAGCUCCAUGGAUUUACAAUCAAGGCCGGAAUGGAGUCCUUUGUUCCUGUCGGAAAUGCUCUUGUUACAAUGUACGCAAACUGUGAAAAUGCAGACAAAGCAAACUAUGCAUUUAAUUACAUGCCAACUAAAGAUAUCAUAUCAUGGACAGCCAUGAUAACGGCCUAUUCUCAGGUUGGUAAUGUCGGGAAGGCCCGGGAAUUUUUCAAUAACAUGCCGGAUCGGAAUGUCAUUACAUGGAACUCGAUGUUAGGUGCGUAUGUUCAAAAUGGUUUCUGGGAAGAAGGUCUGAAAUUGUAUAAGUUGAUGCGGAGAGAAGGGGUUGUUCCUGACUGGAUCACUUAUGCCAUUGUUGUCAGUUCAUGUGCUGAUUUAGCAGUACUAAAACUCGGAAACCAAAUUGUUGGUCAUGCUGAAAAAUUGGGGUUUGGAUCUAAUGUUUCUGUUUCCAACAGCGUUAUUACUAUGUAUUCGAAAUGUGGGCGGAUGGAAGAGGCCCAAAAAGUUUUUGAUUCCAUAUGUGAGAAGAAUUUGAUAUCUUGGAAUGCAAUAAUGGCAGGAUAUGCGCAGAACGGUCAUGGCAAGAAAGUCAUUGAAAUUUUUAAGGAUAUGUUGAAUACAAAUUGCAAACCCGAUCACAUUAGCUACACAUCUGUUCUAUCAGGUUGUAGCCAUUCUGGGCUUGUAAGUGAAGGGAAGCAUUAUUUUAGUUCCAUGACUAAAGAUUUUGGCAUUUCCCCAACAUCCGAGCAUUUUGUUUGUAUGGUAGAUCUGCUUGGGCGAGCAGGCUUACUAGAGGAAGCCAAGAGUUUGAUUGAUGGAAUGACUAUAAAGCCAAAUGUUGCUAUCUGGGGGGCUUUGCUCGGUGCGUGUCGGACCCAUCAUGACUCGAACCUGGCAGAAUUUGCUAUGAGGAAUUUGCUGGAGUUAGAUGUGGGAGACUCUGGAUGUUAUGUCCUUCUAGCUAACAUAUAUUCGGAGUCUGGAAAACUAGAAGCUUUCACAGAUGUGAGAAAACACAUGAGAGAGAGGGGAAUUCAGAAAAAUCCGGGUUGUAGCUGGAUAGAAGUGGAUAACAGGGUACAUGUCUUCACUGUAGAUGACACAAAUCACCCACAAAUCAGGGAAAUCCAUAGCAUGUUGGAGGAGAUUACUAAAAAGAUAGAAGGUACAGGACUCUAUAUUAGUCCAACUAACUCUCUUCGUUCUCAAGCCUACCACAGCGAAAAGCUUGCUGUGGCCUUUGGGCUGAUUAGCCUGCCUGCUUGGAUGCCUAUCCAUGUUAUGAAAAAUCUUCGAGUUUGUCAAGAUUGUCACUUGGUCAUAAAGCUGAUUUCCCUUGUCACCUCGAGAGAACUUAUAGUUCGGGAUGGGUAUCGGUUUCAUCAUUUCAAGAAUGGAUUGUGCUCUUGCGGAGAUUUCUGGUAACCUCAAGGGGAAAUAAUUGAGAAUGAAUAGAGAGAACAGUUCAAAUGGACAUCAUAAAUUUUGCAUCACAUUCAGCUGAAUGAAUGAAUCAGAGGUCUGUGCCUUUGAGGUUAGCCAAACCUUUAUGUUUGGAAAUAUUGGACAUGGUAUGAUAGUUAAUUCUUUUGUUACAUAUGACCAACGAUUCCGAUACCAGUGUCAAGAACAAAGACUAA